AGUUCAUAUUCGUAUACAUGUGUGUGAAAAUAUUUUGCAGAGAGAGAGAGAGAGAUAGAGAGAUAGAGAGGGGUUUGAAAGUGCUUGCUUCGUGACUGUUGAAAACUCCAACUGAGAAGUGAGAAAUUCGUGGUUGAUAUGGAGGAAGCAACGGAGCAAAAGAAGAAAAGUGAGAAGAAUAGGGUGCCAGUGCUGCCAUGGAUGAGAAACCCAGUUGAUAUCUCUGUCAUUGAUGAAUGCCCUCUCAACAAUCUCCCUUUUCUUGACCCGAGGUUGGAGGCAGCUUUGAAAAAUAUGGGGAUUACGUCCCUCUUUCCAGUACAAGUUGCAGUUUGGCAAGAGACGAUUGGACCUGGCUCUUUUGAGCGAGACCUUUGUAUAAAUUCACCUACUGGGAGUGGGAAAACUCUUUCCUAUGCAUUGCCAAUUGUGCAGAUGCUUUCAAAUCGUACUGUAAAAUGUCUCCGAGCAUUGGUGGUGUUGCCGACUCGUGACUUGGCCCUGCAGGUUAAGGAAGUCUUUGAGACUCUUGUACCUGCAGUAAAUUUACGUGUGGGGUUGGCAGUUGGGCAAUCUUCCAUUGCCGAUGAAAUCUCACAGCUUAUAAAGAAACCAAAGCUUGAGUCAGGCAUGUGUUAUGAUCCGGAAGAUUUUUCUCGGGAGUUACAGAGUGCUGUAGACAUACUUGUGGCAACACCGGGAAGGCUGAUGGACCACAUUAACAACACCAAGGGCUUUACCCUUGAGCAUUUAUGUUAUCUUGUUGUUGAUGAAACAGAUCGGUUACUUAGAGAGGCAUAUCAAUCAUGGCUGCCUACUGUCCUCCAAUUGACCCGUCCUUGUGACAUGCUCUUUCCUUCUGACAGUUUUUCUCCUUCUGCUUUUAGUUCUUUGAAGACAAUUCGGAGAUUUGGUGUUGAAAGAGGGUUCAAGGGUAAAUCUUGCCCCAGGCUUGUGAAGAUGGUCUUGUCUGCAACACUUACACAAGACCCCGGCAAACUUGCUCAGCUUGACCUUCAUCAUCCUUUGUUCCUGACAACUGGAGAGAUGCGCUAUAAGCUCCCUGAACAGCUAAAGUCUUUUAAAGUGAUAUGUGAAUCAAAACUGAAACCAUUAUACUUGAUUGCACUUCUUCAAGUUUUGAAAGGGGAGAAGUCCAUUGUCUUCACUUCGUCUGUGGAGUCAACUCAUAGACUUUGCACUUUACUGAACUUUUUUGGUGAUUUACAAAUUCAGAUCAAGGAGUACUCACGUCUUCAACGACAGUCAUUAAGGAGCAAGACACUGAGAGCCUUCCGGGAUGGGGAAGUUCAAGUACUUAUUUCCUCUGAUGCUAUGACACGUGGGAUGGAUGUCGAAGGGGUGAGAAAUGUCAUUAAUUAUGAUAUGCCUGCAUAUAUUAAGACCUAUAUACAUCGAGCUGGUCGAACUGCAAGAGCUGGUCAAACUGGUUAUUGCUUCACAUUGUUGCGUAAGGAUGAGGUCAAGAAAUUUAAGAAAAUGUUACAAAAAGUUGACAACAACUCUUGUACAGCUCAUCCUAUUGAAUCACAAGCAGUAGAGUCGCUUCGCCCCAUCUAUACGUCAGCAUUGGAGAAAUUGAAAGAAAGUGUUGAAUCAGAAAAAUUUAAGAAACGACGUACUAGUCUGAAGCUUUCUAAUGCAAGUAAACGCAAGGGAGAAGAGCGUUUAGAGUAGUUCCAACUUCACUUUUCAAGCGGAGCUCGUUCUGGCUGGAUCAUUGCUACUCCAUUUUGAAAGCGCCAAGUCACUUCGAGUUCUUUUGUAGAUCAACCUUUGAAAGUGGUGAGUGGUAACAGGGAGAGCUUCAUUUCCUCUUCCGAGGAAAGCAGAUUAUGUGUCUCUUAUUAUGCAUAAUUUCAUUUAAUUGUGAAUACCUACUUGAAUUAUACAUCUUCAUAUGAUUACUCUUCCAUAUUCAUAACUUACUCCCCAUAGUCAUAUGGAUUUCUCUUUGAAAUGAAUGCUAAUUCGUUUCCGCUUA